AUGGGGCUGUCUUUCACGAAGCUUUUUAGUCGCCUGUUUGCUAAGAAAGAAGCUCGCUUUCUUAUGGUUGGUCUUGACGCUGCUGGUAAAACAACAAUUUUGUAUACGCUCAAGUUGGGUAAAAUGUCACCACCAUCCCUACCAUCGACAGACCCCUUCGCUUUUCUUCCUCCAAUCUUUUGUACUUGUUACACUGGUGGUGGUGACUGCUCCAUCCAUUUCAAUUUCCUGAUCUCCCAUUCCCGAUUCUCUCAGACUGCCGAUCACAUCGGUAAACGUUUGUGGAGGUUCUACUUCAAGGACACACAAGGGCUGAUCUUUGUAGUCGAUAGCAACGAUCGAGACCGUAUGGGCAGUCCAGAUGAAUUAAUAGAUGCUAAGUUGCUUGUGUUUGCAAACAAGCAAGAUCUUCCCAAUGCGAUGACUGCUGCUGAGAUCACUGAUAAGCUUGGCCUUCAUUCUCUCGGACAGCGAUGCUGGCAUAUCCAUAACACAAGUGCCAUAUCUAGAGAAGGGCUAUACGAGGGACUGGAUUGGCUAUCAAACAACAUUGCUGACAAGGUAACCUUUAGCUAUAAUAAAACACUUAAUGCUGUUGACUUGUAUUUAAAUAGAUUCUCCUUUGUUCUGCAUGCUAAUUCAUGUUAUCUGGUAAUUCCGGGCUUAGUGGGUCAUCACACUUGA